AUGUUGUUUCUGAGCCGGUCGAGCAACGAGCCAGAACUAGUAGGCUUGGAGGCUCUGGAGCUCGGCUUGAGGCUCCCAAAAGACACGUUCUCAGCACAAUUUGCUGAAAUCAUAAGUGUUGAUCUUGUUUCUGGCCAGAUCUCUCAAGAUCAGACCUCUGUUCAAAGCCAGCUCCUCGUCGGUGAGCAAAUCGGCUUUGGAAAUCACAGGAAUCACAUUGCACCGUUUUCCAAGCUCUCUCAUACAGUAAACGUCCAACUCACGCAAUCCCUUGCCUGUUGGUCUGAUGAAGUAGAUGGCCGCGUGGAUUCUCGUGUCGGUGGCCUUUGGCGUUCUCUGGAUCUUGCACUCGUCGUUGAGCACCUUCUCAAACUGCGAUUCAAUAUAAUCGGUCAAACACCGGGUGGAGUCUCUGUUGUCGAUAAAGUCGCCAAACCCAGGCGCCAUGAUCACGUCCAGGUCGAUUCUGGUACCCCCCUCGUAGAUCUUGGCCGAAUGGCUCUCGAUGGACAUGUCGGCGGGGGCAGGCCGGUUCGUGGUGAUGAUAUCUUCGUUGCACAGCGUGUUGACAAACGUGCUCUUGCCGGUACCUGUCUGGCCCACAACAAGGAUACUGAGCUGGAGUCCUCUUUUGAGGAACUUUUUCUGGCGGAUCUCCUCCGCGGUAAGCUGGACGGUUAG